UUACUAAGAUUAGGGUUUCAUUUCUCUAUUGCAGCAAUUAGCCAGGGAAUGUAUAAAAGGCUUGAGGGAACCAAGCGAGGACUCCAGAGGAAAAGCACUUUGUACCACAGGCAGAUAGCGAGAGGCAGAAACGGAAGAGUGGUAGGGAGAGAGGCUGAGCAGAGGCAGCCCAGCCAGCGAGGGAAGAGCAGAAAGUUUGUGUGCAAAGAUUUUCCUCUACAGCCGUCCUUUGACAGAAAAAAAAAGUAUUAUUUCACCUGAUAGCUCCGGUAAUAAAAGAAUGAGAAAACUACUGAAGUAGGAGAAAAUUAGAGGAAAGUUAGCCUGUUCCAUUUCAAUUUUAGAAUUACAGGCAAUUGGCAGCCCAGCUGUCUCUCUCCCUCUCCCUCCCUCCCUCCCUCCCUCCCUCUCCCUCCCUCUCUCUCUCUCUGUUUAGAGGACUGCAAAGGGCUUCUGGCUAAGUAAAAACAACAGUAGUUUAAGUUAGAGUUUUUGAAAAAUUAAAAGCAGCUCAGGGUGGAAAAACGUUCAUGUUGGCGUGGUGCUUCCCUUUUUCUUUUUCUUUUAAGCGGCUCUACUGAAGUGAGAACUGAGCCAACUCUGAAAGAGAGCUAACGGAGCACUAUGAAUUUUUAAAAAGCCCCUUAUGUUUUAUUAUUUUUAUUAUUGUUUUUCAUGAGGGCACACAGGGUAUGAAAAGGGAACUCAGAGGAACCCUUUGAAGAAGAAGAGCAAGCAAGAUGGGCUUGUUAAGCAUUGACCUGUUGAUCACACUUCAGAUCCUGCCGGUUUUUUUCUCCAACUGCCUUUUCCUCGCCCUCUAUGACUCGGUGGUCCUCUUGAAGCACAUGGUGCUUCUUCUGAGUUGCUCCAAGGCUGCACGUGGCGAAUGGCGAAGGAUGCUCACAUCAGAGGGCUUACGCUGCGUCUGGAAUAGCUUUCUCCUAGAUGCCUACAAGCAGGUGAAAUUGGGUGGAGAAGCUCCUAAUUCCAAUGUUAUCCACAUACCUAAUGGUACUGCUGAAAGCAGCAGCAACUGCAGAUGGAAAAGCUCCAUGGGAAAAUAUGGAAGUGAAUGCCAUCUCUUAGACUUUGCCAAAUCAGAGCGCCCACUUGUAAUCAACUUUGGGUCAGCUACCUGACCUCCCUUCACAAACCAGCUGUCUGCCUUUGGCAAGUUGGUGGAAGAGUUCUCUAGUGUGGCUGACUUUCUGUUAGUCUACAUUGAUGAGGCUCACCCAUCAGAUGGCUGGGCUGCUCCUGGUAUCUCAUCUUCAUUUGAAGUCAAGAAACAUAGGAACCAAGAAGACAGAUGUGCUGCUGCUCACCAGCUUCUAAAGAAAUUUUCUUUGCCACCACAGUGCCAGAUAGUGGCUGAUUGCAUGGACAAUAAUGCCAAUGUGGCUUAUGGAGUCUCCUUUGAGCGUGUAUGCAUUAUACAAAGACAAAAAAUUGCUUACCUGGGGGGGAAAGGCCCCUUUUUCUACAAUCUUCAAGAGGUUCGACUUUGGCUGGAGCAAAACUUCAGGAAAAGAUGA